AUGUCUACUGGCAAACGUCCUACGAUGGAAUUGGGCAAGGUCCUCGUGGUCGGUGGCUGCGGGUUUGUGGGCUGGCACAUUGUCGAUCAACUGCUCGGAUUCCCUUCGGAGACCGAUCCCAGCGUCGCCCUCCCCAAGCCGCAAGGAGACGCUCGCUUCGAAUACCCCAACCUGGGAGAUCGGUACCCCAGAUACAUCGCGAAGGUGUCCGUCGUCGAUCUGAGAACGUCCAACAACCGACUGCCCGGCGCCGAGUACUAUGACGGAGACAUCACGUCGGUCGAGUCCAUGCUGUCCGUUUUUCGCGCAGUCAAGCCCGACGUGGUCAUCCAUACGGCCACGCCCAACGUGCUGGAGGGAAACAAGCCGCUCUUGCGCAAGGUGAACGUCGAGGGAACCCAGACGCUGCUGGAGGUCGCGGGCGGCGCUCAUGGCGAAUGGGGUGGAAAGUGCCGCGCUUUCGUCUACACGAGUUCUAGCUCCGUGGUGCACGAUACGCAAAGCGACCUGGUCAACGUGAACGAGGAAUGGCCCUACAUCAGGGGAAAGCAGCAGCUGGAGUAUUACUCCGAGACGAAGGCGGACGCAGAAGAAAACGUCCUGAAAUAUAACCGCACUUCGCCCUCAUCGAUGUUGACGUGUGCCGUGCGACCGGCCGGGAUUUACGGUGAGAAGGACACCACGUUCACAUACAAGAUUCUGGAACAUUCGUCGAAGGCAUCGCCCACCGUUUUGCGCAUGCAACUCGGCGAGAACAACAACCUGUUCGAUUUUACGUACGUUGGCAACAUCGCAUAUGCGCAUAUGCUGGCCGCGUGGCGCUUGCUUGCCACCAAGACCCGAUAUGACGCCGGGCAAUCUGAGCCCCUGGACCACGAGCGUGUGGAUGGAGAGGCCUUCAACGUGACCAACGACUCCCCGGUGUACUUCUGGGAUAUGACUCGCGCUGCGUGGGCGCUGACCGGCAAGGUCGUUGAGCCCCAUCAGGUGUGGGCGCUUCCCGAAGCCCUCCUGGGCCCUAUCGGUGCUAUCGCUGAGACCGUCUUGGGACUCAUCGGCAAGACCCCCCGUCUAAACCGCCGCGUGGUCCGGUACUCGUGCAUGACUCGCUACUAUUCCUCCAACAAGGCCAAGCUCCGACUUGGCUACGAGCCCCUCGUCACGGUGGACGAAGGCCUUGCCCGCGCGGUUGGAUACGUGGUGGAACGCGAGCGACUGGAAUCUGAAAAGAAGGGGCUGUGA